CUGGACAAGUUAUCGUUAAAAUUUGUAUAAGCUCUUUUUGAAAGAUCCCAAGUUAAUAUUCUAACUGAAGACAUAUGACGUAUUAAAGUGACAGAAUGACAGCUGGAUCUAUCCCAGUACCUGCUAUUAUUCCUAUUAGGACACCUUUACCUGGUCGGUCCAAACUCUCCAUUGACUCAAACACCAAAAUUGAACUUUCCAUUGAUGGUAAGCAAGAUGCUACUAUAUAUUACACAAUAAAUGGAACAAAACCAGACCCAUUUCCCAAAGUUGGAGUGGAAAGAUGUACAAUGCAGUACAUGGGUCCAUUUACACUGCCGGCUGGGAAACAGACUGUCAAGGCUGUAGCAGUUUCUAAAGAUGGAAUGAGAGAGAGUAAUAUGGUUACCAAGGUGUUUGAUGUGGAGUUUGCCCCAGCCCCACAUUCAGCCCCAGUGGAUGAUGACCUUGGAUUUCAGGAGGAAAUCAAUCAAGAACAAACCAGGUUGAAUACAAAGAGAGCAGCAAAAAAUUUAAUGUUGUCAGAAGGCACUGCCUGGACUGAUGUCUCAGCAAUGAAAUCAGCCACUCAGAAAUUAGCAGAUAUGACUGUGUCUGGGACCUCGCACAGACGACCAUAUGCUGAUGCCAGAUUCUCCAGUGCAAGGAGGCACAGAGAGGCCACUUAUCGUAAUGAGUCACCUCAGAGAUCACAUUCAGCCAAGCGCCUCCCUGAGAGCACGGCAGCCAUGAGACUAGAGCAGGAGUUAGAUCAGAUGAGAACCUCUUAUUACACUGGAGAUUUAGAUUUACAUGGAAAGUAUACAAAUGGAGUGGAUACCACCUCACCGUCCUCCCCACCUAAGGUGUCAAUCCCAACUAGUGAUAUCAGAAAGAUGGGUAUGUGUCAGUACUGCAGAUCAGUUGUGCCUUUCUCUGUCCCCACCUGUGUGGUGUGUGAGGGACCUAUACCAGGACAGCACAAACCACCUCCUCAGACCCAGUGGUUACCUGUCAGUUACCCGAUAAUGCCUCCAUCCACCACUUCAGCACCCAGACGCCCCACUGCUAAUGCCUCCACCCAGACUGUGGGCCUGUUUUACCCCUCAGACAGAGAGCUGUCAAAGAAACAGGAGCAGGAAGAGGAGAAAAAAACAUUUGAGAAACAGCUGAGAGACAGACGACCACUGCUAACUGCAGUCAGUCCAGGCAAAGGUUACUGGAGAAAACAAGUUGAUCAUAUCUGUGCACACUUAAAAGCACAUGCACAGAAUGAGGCAGAGUUCAGAGCUCUCAUCGGGGAACCUAAAAUGGGGAAGCUGUUGACAAGUACAGUACAAGAAGAUGGUUACGAGUUAAGUGUCACACUUACGUUUGCCCUACGCAACAAUAAAGAUCCCCUGGCGGGUCGUAAGAUAGCGAUGAGUGGUGAUUAUCUUAGUCAACACACAGAACAGGAUAGCUGGCACAACAGUGACUCAGAAGAGAGUGUUGAAAAUGUAUCAAGGAAGAAAACAAAAAAGACAAAACCAAAGAAAAAAGAAGGACCAAAAAUUGCAGCAAUUGACCAGAAAUUACUGAGAGAACUCGGACCAAACGGCGAGGGGGAUCCGUCAGAGGUCCAGCAGCUGAUAGACGAGGGAGCCAAUCCAGAGUGUACCAACAAAGACGGACUGUCCUGUCUGUAUGUGGCCGUAAAGAGGAAGCGAGCAGCUUGUAUCCCCGUCUUAGUGGAGGCAGGAGCUGAUAUCAACAUGAAAGGACCAUCCUCUAUCAAAGGCAACACACCAUUACAUGAGGCUGUUGGGCUUGGACCUUCAGGGUCAGAGGUUAUUUCCGUCCUUCUAGAGAAUGGUGCAGACCAAACCAAGAAAAAUGAUCGUGGAGAAACACCGUAUGAUUUAGCCGUAAAAGGUGGAUAUGACAGCAUAGUGACCAAGUUUGCAUCCGCCAUGGGUAACUCACAACUAAAGAAAAUGGUCAAACCGAAGACCAGAAUACCUGCCUCAUAAUGACUCCUGUUUAUGAUAGGAGGAUGUCAUGUUCAGCAUAUUUGGUGGAAGUUGUAUUGUAGGUGUUAUUUAAAUGCUGGUUUAUAGUUGAUUGUUAUACUCAGAAAGAAAUCAUUGUGUCUGUCAGCUUGUGGAUGCUACCAAUGUAGACCAGUAGAGGAAAAAUGUUGCUAAGUCUUUGUCCAUUUACUUCUAAGUUGAAUUUAAUGGACAUUUUCAGUAUAUGAGCCAAUUUUUAUCAUCCUUAUUUAUCACGUUGAAGGAUGUAAUGAAGUAUUGUGAUAUUAGUAUAUCACAUAUUAAUUCCCAUUUUUGUCUCAAUUUAGAUGAAAUUAAAAUAUUGUCAAAUUAAAAUUAAUUUCUACUUGUCCUAUAUAUUGAAUAUUUGAUGAACAAGAUAUUGUACGUUUUGACUUGUAUAUUACCUCCCUUUUAAUUGCAA